ACUUAAAGACAGUUUAGGACGGUUUAGUCAGCUUAAGACAGUAAAACCAAAGUGUACUGUCAAAAACUAGUUUAGGACGUCCAAACCCUGGUUAUUUGAAGAAAAAAAUUCGCAGAUAAUCCACAGAAUAUGUAUCAAACUCGAAGGCAGCUUUUAAAAGUGAAUACUGGGCUCCAAAACUCUGCUCACCCUGAGGUAUCCAAAAUAAAUUUACGUAAAAGAGGUAAAAAACCUUCGUGUGAAUCUCUUUCCAACUCUGCAAAAACAAUUUGUAUUCAAAGUAUUGACAAAGAGAAUGUAACAACCGUUGAUAGUGUUCAGUUACCUAAAAGCAAUAAGCAAAAUGGUAAAAUCAAGCCAUCUAAUGUCUGCAGGGAUAAGACAGUUAUUCAUGAAGCUGAAAAUCGCUCCAAAAGCCAGCAGAAAGAAAAAAGUAAAGCUAAGAAACGUCAAGUUUUGACCACCAAAGAAAAUGUUAAUUUUAAAUCUGUGGGUAAAACGGUAAAUUCUGUUGUAAAUAAUUUGAUUUAUAACAAAUGCCUUAAAAAAGGCUCUAAGGUACUUGGUGAAAAAAUUAAACAAUCUGUUGUAGAUGUAUACGAUAUAAAUGUUGACGAUGAUUUGAAGAAGGAAGAACUAGAUUUGAAAAAAGUCAAAAAGCUGAAACUUAAGGAUAAAAAAGAAAAAAUUUUAAAAAAGAAAAAAUGCUUAAAUAAAUCGACUAAAUUAGCUGCUAAAGAUAAGGAUAUAAUUCAAAGUUUUAAAAACAAAACUGAGAUUCAGAGUCAAGUGAUAAGUUCUUUAACAUCUAAAAAAUGCAAUGAUUUAAAUAUACAGGAGGUGAACCCUAUAAAGAGUUUUCCAAAGUCUGAACAAGUCGAUUCCUCAAAACUCGUAGAAGAAUUUUGUUUGGAAGUAAAUGUUAAAAAUAAAGAUUCCGGUAUAUUAGUUUUAAGGGAAACUACUCCUGUGCGAGAGUUAGAUUUUAAUAUUCCAAAUGAGGGCAGUGUAAACUCUGGUGCUUCUGAACGUCUUCCAGGCUUAAUACAUCUCACCUCUACUCCACAAAAUGCUGAGUGCCCAUGCCCUACUUUUACUUCUCCUGUAUUCAGCUUUGAUGUGCGGCUCUCUGAAGUUCCUACAGCUCCUUUAUUGUCAGAAGUUGCCGCUGACAUGGUUGAUUGUCCUGAACAGUUACCAGAUGAAAAUGAGCCUGAAUAUGUGACUGCAUCUAAUGACUAUUCUUUGGUACUUUUUGGAUCACCUCAAAAAGAUGAAGAAAAAAUAAAUGAGGGGAAAGUAUUGCACUUUGCCGCUGAUGAUGAGAGAAAAAACAAAAAUAAGAAGAAAAAACCUGAUCCUAUUGUACAGAAAAAAUCAAAUGCUGAGAAACAAGAAGAAGAAGCAUUUUAUAGGAGUUUCAAUCAGCAACUUUCUGAAAUUGAAGACUAUGAACUUUGUAUUGAGUAAUAUUGUUGGAAAAAUGGCUAGUGACUCUUUGUGUUGAUGUUCAUAGAAGAUCUUGUAUGCAUUGAAUACUUUUCAUAUCUAUCAUUUCAUUUUAUACCAUUCUUCAGUCUUUUUGAUGUUUAUAAAAUUACUUUAUGUAUGUAUACAUAUAAUUAUUUUAUUUUUAAUUCUAGUUUUUUUUCCAUAUGAUAAUCUUAUUAGUUGGCUAAACAGAUUACUUAAAAAAGAAAGUUUAUGAAUGAAGCUAUAACAGUCAUCUAUUUAAACUGUACAAAAGCAUCUUCUCCAGUGCUUUCACAUAAAAUUUGUAUUUUGUAACCAGAGAAUGUGCUUCAUUAUAAUAUUGAAAGGACCCUAUGUCUUUUCUUGUUUUUACUUCAUUCAAAUAAAUAAGUUAAUUUUUCUUUGGUUUAUUUAUAGUACUAGCUUUUGAAAGUGAACUUUGUAAUAUUUUUUGAUAGUUCAUUUGAAAAAAAUUUAUGUAUUAAAAAAAAACAUGAGACAAUUUGGUGGAUCUUUUCCUAUCAUUAUGCUCAGUAUUCACUUUUUGAAUUAGUGACAUCUGUAAUUAUUCAUCACCUGUACCAUAUAAAGUUCUUACCCAAUGAACAAAUGUCUGUUUUAGCCCAGAAUUAUGCGAAAAGCGAUUUCACACUUCUAUUUAAUGUUUUCACAAU